GUUUUGCCACAAGAUCAAUUUGGUCUACCGAGCCAGGAGGGAAAAAGCAAAAAUCUUAACAAUCAUAACGUCACUUCACGGAGCUCAAAACGAGGUUGGAAUACAUUUUGUCCGUUAAGGGCAGUUAAAGGAUUUCUCUGCUGCUCAAGUCUCGAUUCGUGUAUCUGCAAAACAAAACUGUUAUGCAAUUCCAAACGAUUACAAAUCAUGGCACUUGCAAGAUUGAGACACAGUAUUAUGAGCCUGAAAAGGACUGGAAGGGUAAACAUAAGGAGCCUUUUUAGGGACUGGAUCAUUCGGAGGAUGGGCCUUUGAUAUCGGAACACGACGACAAUCAAUUUGGUCAUUGUUUGAAAUAUGACGUUCUGUUAAAAAAAUGGUUAAAUCACACCAGCACUCCGAAAGAAAUAUCACAAGACAUUAACAUGAUAAAAUGUCACCACCAGGAAAAGUAACACAAAACGCUUGUCACAACAAACUGUGGCCAUAAUAAGACGACAUUAAUUCACACAUAGCUAGGCAAAGUGCUUGCGAUUCUAGCCAAUCCGAACACAGUAUUUCAUAUAACUGCAGUGCAUUAUAUAACCAAUCACCGCAUCCAAUUAAGGUCAUUCCUUAUGUCGUUGUCAAGGUGACAACUUAACUCAUAGAUUGAAAUUGAUGCUUUGCCAACUUGACCCUUGAAAAAGGUUUCAUUGAAAAUGUGUUCUUUUAGUGAUUUUGUAUCUUUUAGUGGCAUGGUAUAAAAUAUUUUGCAAUGUGUGAAAAGAAUUUAAGCCCAAGACUCAAUGCAUUGUCCAAUGAGCAUUCCUUUCAGGGGUUUCCUAAGAUUCACACUCGAUGCUGUGCAUCUCGCGCAAAUUUUGGAAAGCGACACCUUCAAGGGAUAGUCAUUCCAUAUUGUACUGAGUCCAGGGCUUAAAAAUUAAUUUGUCAUUAUCUAAAAUACGACGUUCUAUUAUGUUGUCACACGUGUCUAAAUUACCUCUCUGAAAAAGGUAAUACGUGACAUUAAAUUGACAAGAUGUCGCA